CUAAAACCAAAGCACCUCAGCGGCGUGGUUGGUAUGGUAUUAGCGUCCCACCUCGGUGGUCGCGGGUUCGAUUCUCGGCCAUUCCAUUGAGGAGUGAGAGAUGUGUAUUUCUGGUGAUAGAAAUUCACUCUCGACGUGGUUCGGAAGUCACGUAAAGCCGUUGGUCCCGUAACCGUUGCUGAAUAACCACUGGUUCCAUGCAACGCAAAAGCAUCAUUCAAACAAGGUUCGUUCGUCUAAACUGCAUCACAGGCAGUUCACCCAUUAAGGAAAUGGCGAGCGCAGGUGCAGAUCAACUACGGUGCGACUUCAGGACACCGGAAGAGGGAAGAUUUUUUCCGAAAUGUUCUGUUCUUUUUAAGACACAACUCAAACUCGCAGAUCGUGGGGGGAGAUUUUAAAUUGUGUGACAACCAUAAGAGAUCGUAGUAGUGCUUUCAGUAAUUUGGUAUCAAAGGCUUUAAUUGCUCUCAUUAAACAAUUAAAGCUGAAAGAUAAUUAUCAUUUCUCGGACGGAAUUUCAGAAUAUAUCUAUGUUAGAGAUGAAUAUGGUUCCUGACUUGACAGAAUUUGUUCUGUAGUUCUUUUCAAAGACUUUGUUGAUUCUCAAACUAUACCGUUAAACUUCUCGAAUCACAACAUAGUGGUUUUAACACUCAAGGUAAAUCAAAGUAAAGUAGGUAAAGGGAUUUGGAAAUUAAAUGUGCAAUUGUUAGAAACCGAAAACAUUGAGAUGUUUAAGAAAUUUUGUGAGGAUUUGAAAUUAUCCAAAAGUCGCUUUGCUAAUAUACAAAUCUGGUGGGACUGGGCAGAACUGGAAGAUAAACACAUUUUUGUUACACUGAGUAAAAAAUUAUCAAGUGAGAGAUAUGGUUUGUUAAAAUUACUACAGGUGCGUUUGAGGAAGUUGUAUGACAUCCAUUAUCGCACUAGUACCAAUACGAAUGUAUACAAUUGAUCAAGCAGAGGAUUAGUAGGAUUAAGGAUGAGAUUUUGGAGGGAAUAAAAGUAAGGUCGAGAGUCGACGAUUUUGUUAAAGGUGAGAAAGUGUCUGCAUACCUGUUAGGUAGGGAGAAAGUUUAAGUAUAUCUUAUCUUUACCAGACCACUGAGCUGAUCAACAGCCCUCCUAGGGCUGGCCCGAAGGACUAGAUAUUUUUACGUGGCUAGGAACCAAUUGGUUAACUAGCAACGGGACCUACAGCUUAUUGUGGAAUCCGAACCACAUUAAAUCGAGAAAUUAAUUUCUAUCUCUGGUUCGGCGUUGGCCGAGCCGAGAAUCGAACUUCGGACCACCGGAUUGGUCGUCGAGCUCGAAAUCCACUCGUCCAACGGGGGACUCAUAGGUACGGAGAAGUAUGGAAGUAGUGAUCAUAGCUUUUCCAAAAUAGUUUCGAAAGAUGGAAGUGUGUUUGAAAAUACAGAUGGAAUCUUAACAUGUUUCAAAAAACAUUUUGAAGAAGUGUUUACCUCUGCACAAGAGAAUUUAAUACGGGAAGAAGAAUUCCGAAACAGAAAUGCUUUUCCUGCCGCCGAGAAUGAUGACUGAUACUGCCACGGGGUACAUACAUUAUUGUACCCUUGAAGGAAUAAUUAUUCUCCAAGAUUGUACCCAACCUGCAAUGUCCUUGAAAGGACAUCUUUUCUUCCCGGUGAACGGACGAGACGAAAGCCAGCCCAGAGUCAGUCAGUCUGGAGUUUCCUGUUGCCGCGUGACGGACGCUCUGCUCAGAAAAGGUUAAGAUGCUGCUGAAAGGUCUGAAGAAUGUCAUCUGGACCCAGUUCAUCAUUUGGAUGGUAAUAACCGACGGGCAGCCAAGCGCUGCUGCUCCCGAGCCUGGACCUCUUGAAUUUCUUUCUUCUAUUUUUGGAGGAGGAGAGACUCUGGAGCCUACAGUAGAGAAUCUAAGCGAGAAAGCUGCGAUGGGCGACUUGGAGGCUGUGAAGGACCUCGUCUCGAGAGGAGCUGAUGUCAAUUUUGGCGGCAGAAUGCCAUUAUGGCAUGCUGUUAAAGGCGGAAACAUCGAAGUCGUCAAAUAUCUUCUUGAUUCCGGUGCCAACCCCGAUGGAGAUGAUUCCUUGCAUUACAAGGGAUCAAUCGUAGCAGUUGCAGCUGAGCACAACCGCCUCGAUAUUCUGGACCUCCUGUUUGCAUCUGGUGCCUCUGUCAAAACUGAAAAAUAUGGAGUUAACAUAUUAUUCAGAGCUGUCGACCAUGGUCACUUGGAAGCAGCUCGUAAGUUGAUCCAGGCCGGCGUUGAUGUGGAUUUUUAUGAUGGGUUUGCUCUACUUACGGCAGCGGAAAAGGGAUACCUAGAAAUCGUCAAGGAAAUCGUAAAAGCUGGAGCGAAUAUCAAUGCUGGCAAUGGCUGGAUAGUGGACACUGCCGGACGAGCUGGUCAGACUGAAGUGAUGAAGGUCUUCAUAGAAGCUGGUGUUGCGAAAGAAAAUCUCGACACUGCAAUGCAUGCAGCUGCAGCCAAAGGACAUCUCGAAACUGUGAAACUGCUGUUCGACAACGGAGCAGAUCCCAAUUUUGCCGGCACUUUGAGGGUUGCAUCGCAGAACGGAAACUUAGAAAUUGUCAAGUUGUUGCUUGAUGGAGGUGCACAAAUCACCUAUAAAGAAAAGGGGUAUCCUUUACACAUUGCUGCCAGUAAAGGCCACAUAGAUGUCGUGGCUCUGUUGGUCGAGCAUGGUGGUGAUAUCAACAGGCCCCUGACGGAUGAUAUGUGGGUGCGCAUGGCUGUAGAAAGCUCUUUCGUUGGAAAAGGAUGGACUGUUAUGCACGUGAUUGCUCACUUUGGAUACCCACAUGUGAAAGAGCUUCUGGACCUUGGAGCCGAGAUCAACGUGAAAGAUGCUUCAGGGAAUACUCCUUUACAAGUUGCUGUUGGCUCCAAAAAGCUGAAGAUGGCGAAAGAGUUUUUGAGGUUCUGUGCCGAUGCAUCUCUUGUCAAUAACGAAGGAAAGACGGCACAAGCCCUUGCAGUGAAAGCCGCCGAGGGAAACAUGACAUACUUCAACGAGAAGCAACAAAAUCUGGUGUUUACCAUAAAAGAGGCUCUCCCAGACAAACUGGCUGCCACUGAGGCUAAUGAUGAAGGAUACGAAGCUCUAAAGGAAGAAUUCUCUGCCUUGGUCAGCACCAGCCCUGCUCUGAAAGAACAACUGAAGAACAUCAGCUAUGACGGAUGGGAAAUCAAAGCCGCGAUUCGUCUUAUCCUUGAAGAGGAGAGCAGAAGAGAACUGCCCAAGGUCAUUGGAGAUCUCUACUGCAAACCAGCAUUACAAAAGGAGCAUAAAGUAUCCAUAGGAACAGAGUAUUUGGCCAAAUGUGAGUGCGUCCCUGGGGAAGGACCCACCAUGACGUACACACCAGUCCAGGAAGGAGACAAAUGUCAACAAGAAAUCUCUGCCCAGACUGAGAGCCCAACUCAAGAACCUGCAGCAUCAGCUUAGAGCCAGAGUACAUGAGAUCACUUCGGACUUUAAAGGACUUAGAAUUCACUGUUUGCAAACCCGAGAUACUUAUCCAGCAAAAGGACCAAACAUCACCAAAAGGCCAUGAAUAAUUCUGAUUCAAAGUACUUUCCUACCACCUAAUUGUAUUUUCAAACAAGGGCCAAAUGGGUAAAUUCUGCUAUUUAUUUAAUUUUUUUACUGCCAAAAUCUCAACAGAAAUUAUAUUUUUUUUCCUAUUUAAGUUCCAAGUGACUCUUGAAAGCUAAGCAAUGCUGAAAACAUGAAUUUUCAUCUAGAGUUGUUGAGAUAGAAUUUAAAUGUAUACUUUAGUGAUUUAGUUAUCGAACUGAAAACAAAUUUCCAGUAUACUGUACCAUAUAUCUCAUUAGUGUAUGUCUCAUAAAUGUAGAAUUAUACUAGGUGAAAACCUACAUGUUUACAUAUAAAUAUACAGAAGC